CCGCCGCCGCCACCGCCGCCCCCGCUCGUGCCCAGCCCGCUCUUCGCGCUGCCCACGCUCAACUUCACCGUCUCUCAGGUGGCGGCCGUCUGCGAGACGCUGGAGGAGUCAGGCGACAUCGAGAGGCUGGCGCGCUUCCUGUGGUCGCUGCCGGUGGCGCACCCGGACAUGGGCGCGCUCAACCGCUCGGAGGCCGUGCUGCGCGCCAGGGCCAUCGUGUCCUUCCACGCCGGCAACUUCAGAGACCUGUACGCCAUCCUGGAGCAGCACAAGUUCGCCAGGGAGUCCCACGGCAAGCUGCAGGCCAUGUGGCUCGAGGCGCACUACCAAGAGGCGGAGAAGCUGCGCGGCCGCCCCCUGGGGCCCGUCGACAAGUACCGCGUGCGCAAGAAGUUCCCGCUGCCCAGGACCAUCUGGGACGGCGAGCAGAAGACGCACUGCUUCAAGGAGCGCACGCGGAGCCUGCUCCGCGAGUGGUACCUGCAAGACCCGUACCCCAACCCCACCAAGAAGCGCGAGCUGGCCCAGGCCACGGGACUCACGCCCACGCAAGUGGGCAACUGGUUCAAGAACCGGCGCCAGAGGGACCGCGCCGCUGCAGCCAAGAACAGACCCUGCCUCCGAACAUCCUCGUGGAGCGAUAGUCAGCCGGCGCCCCCCGUCAGAUCUUGCCAGACUCGAAUAGAGGACGCCGCGGAACCCUUUCGCAUACAUAGCCACGAGGGAGCAGAAGAUACUCGUUGGAGAAUGCAGCAGCAGCAGCUGGCGGCGCAGCUGUCGUCUGCGCACGCGCACGCGCACGCGCACGCGCACGGCGGCGGCCACGUCCCCGCGCACGGAGCGGCCCGCCGCUCGUCCGCCCCCAUGAGCUAG